UUAAAAUUUGAUAUCUUUAUACUCUUCAAUUUUAAUCCAGGCGUAUCGUUUGGAGCCUCUCAUCAGUCCAGUGUAUGCCCAAGUGAAGCCGGUAAAGAUGGACGCUGCUAGCAGCAAACCAACACAGAAGUCAAUGAGUCUAGCUGAAGGACCCAAGACACCAGAAGUGACGCAGAGUACUAAAAGCAGCAGCAGUAGCAGCAGCUGGACACAAUCACUGAUAUCAGCUGUUGUUAAAAGUGUUGCUUCUAGUAAUGGCGCUGAAACUUCUAAAUCAUUACCUCCUGAUAAAAUUUUUGAUGAUGACACCAAAAUACCACCUGAAGAUCGGUUAAAUGAGAGACUUGAUUUCAUGUUACGUGAAGGACUAACUGAGAACAGUUACUUAAACUCCAUUACAGCUCACACUGGCUACUGGACCAACUCUGACUGUGCAAUGUAUCUAUUGCUUCAAUUGUAUUCUUAUAAAAAGGACAGCAAACUGUGACUGAUGGUGUAUAUUGUUGAUUUAUGUUAUAGUGGAUUUCUGUUUCUCUUUCUUUGUGAUUAGCAGUAAUAAUUACUG